AUUUUUUUAAUUCAUCCAAGUACAAUUAAUUCAAGAUGAAUGCCAUCAUUAUGCGAAGAAAUAUUUCGAAAUUUGUAUUCCGUUCUGGAUAUAAGUAUUACAGUGGCUGUGCUGAAAAGAAACCUACUUGUCCCCCACCUCCACCACCACCGCCACCACCACCUUCACCUUGUCCAACUCCACCCCCACCACCAACAAAUUGUAAAAUAUUGGGGACAAAUGCUCUUAUUACUGGUGCCGCAAGUGGAAUGGGCUUAGCUGCCACUAAAACAUUAUUAAAUUUGGGGGCAAAUAAAAUAUGUAUGUUAGAUGUUGAUGAAAAAAACGGACAAUGUGCAAGUAAAGAAUUGAAUGCUGAAUAUGGACGUGAUUGUACGUGUUUCCAAAAAGUAGAUGUUACUUGCCCUGAGGCAAUGGAAGAAGCAUUUGCUAAGUGCCAUAAAUGGGUAAAAAAACUAGACUACGUUUUCAAUAAUGCCGGAAUUUUAAAUGACCAUAAAUGGAUUGAUACCGUUGCAAUCAAUAUGACUGCAGUAAUUCAUGGAACAAUGCUUGGCUUCAAAUAUAUGGGCUUGGAUCAAGGUCAUUGCGGUGGUACAAUCAUAAAUCAUUCUUCAGUUUUGGGUUUACAACCAUUAACUGGAGCCCCGGUUUAUGUUGGCACCAAACAUGCAAUUAUUGGAAUGACACGUUCCUGGGCAACACCUUUCUGGCAUAAACGUACCGGAGUUAACAUGUUGACAUUGUGCUCAGGUGGUAGCCCCACUAAUUUACUUAAAUGGGCUGAGAAAGCUGAUGAUCCCUUAACUAAAGAAUUGAUUCGAGGACUUGGUACUAUGCCCGAUCAACAAAUUGAAAAAUGGAGUGCAGCUUUUGCACAUAUGUUACUUAAAGGUCAAAAUGGUUCUGUUUGGUACACUGAAGACUGUAAUUCUUGUGAAAUUGAAAUUCCUGACAGAUUAUCACUUAAACGUAAAUGUCCAAUGUCGUUUAUUUUGUUUUUCUUUUCAAUUGAUCUGAUACGUGAAGCGCAGUUUUGUUAUAUAAAAAGGCGGCAGAUCAAUUGUGGAAUCACUUUUCGUUGUACAUUCAGUUGUGUGAUACCUCAGUGUUUUUUUUUAAAUUUGUUGCAAAACUCUCAUAAAAAAAUGGUUUACGAUAUUAAAGGCAAAAAUGCUCUUGUUACUGGUGCCGCUACCGGUAUUGGUUUGUGUUAUGUGAAGGAAUUAUUAAAAUUAGGCGCAAAUAAAGUAUGUAUUUUGGAUUUGGAUGCUAAAAAUGGUGAAGCUGCAAGCAAACAAUUAAACACUGAAUUGGGACGUGAAUGUACUUGUUUCCAAAAAGUUGAUGUUACAAACUCGGCACAACUAGAAAAUGCAUUCAAAACAUGCGUAAAUUGGUGCAAACAAUUGGACAUUGUUAUCAACAAUGCCGGUGUUAUGAAUGACGGAAAAUGGGAAUUGGAAAUCGCAAUUAAUGUCAAUGCAGUCGUUCGUGGAACACAAUUAGCCUUCCAAUAUAUGGGUAAAGACCAGGGUGGAAAAGGUGGUAUUGUCGUAAACAUUGCCUCAAUUCUUGGUUUACAACCAUUGGCUGGAUGUCCAGUAUAUGUUGCAACCAAACACGCUGUUAUUGGAAUGGAUCGUUCAUGGGGUACACCAUUCCAUUACAAUCGUACAGGAAUUAAAGUUUUGACAAUGUGUCCCGGAGUGACAGAUACUCCUUUAAUUUCUGAAGCUCAUGGUUUACAAGGGGAUGAUAUUCUUGGUCGUGAAUGCCAACGUGAACUUGAUUCAAUGCCCAAACAAUCACCAAGCCAUGUUGCGCAAGGUAUGAUGACUAUUAUUACAAAAGGUGAAACUGGAUCCGUUUGGGUUUGUGAAGGCGGACAACCUAUUUAUGAAGUUGAAAUUCCAGACAGAUUAACACUCAAACGUAAAAAUUAAAAUACUAAAGAUUUUUUUUCGAUAAUAUUAAAGGAUGUGACAUUUUUCAUUUUUCUAGAUUCUAUUGCUUUUAUUUUUAUCUGUUUUAUUC